AAAAAUGACUACUGGAAUAUGUGACGGCAAAACACUAUUUUUAAAAGAUUUGCCUAAAACUACCUCUGCAGAUCUUUUGGAAAAAUUGAUGAGUGAUUUUGGACCUGUUAAAAAGUGCUUUAUCGUUACCGACAAAGAAACGGGCUUAUCAAGAGGCUUUGGUUAUGUUAAAUUCUCUCUUAGAGAAGAUGCUUCAAAAGCCUUGGAGGCGGCCAAACACCUUUUAAUAGACGAUUGUAGGAUACACGCUGCCUACGCAUUAAGUAAAAAAUACAAGAAAGCUAAAAAAAAAUCGAAAGAGGAUGUUAGGGUUAGACGAAAACAUAACAUCAAACCUUUAAAAGCUGGCCAUCUUACCGAUGUUUCUAAAAUUGUUUGUAAUAAAAAUGUGAAUCUUGAGUCUACUUGUGAAGGUAAUGCGAGGACGUUGAUUAUCCAUUCGAGAAAUUUUAUUCCUCGACGGACUUUGAAAAAUAAGUUAAUGAAGUUUGGUAAAAUCAAAAAAGUAGUGUAUCAGAAAUCUGAUGACUUCAAACUUCGGGCGGAAGUUCUUUUUGAAUCUCGUAAGUCGGCGCAAACUGUUUUAAAAAAAUUAGCGAGUUGUAAAGUAAAGGGUCAAGAAGUUGUGGCAUUUUUAAAGUCACGAUAUCUGAAAGCUCUUCAAAUUUUGGAAAAAAAGCGGUUUAAUAAGAAUGCAAGAAUUAUAAUUAGGAAUUUGAGUUUUCAGUGCACCGAAGUAGAAUUAAAAGAUUUUUUUUCAAAGUUCGGGAUGGUUUUACAAGUCGAGUAUCCUCAAAAAGAUGGAAAGCCGCGGGGAUUUGCAUUUAUACAGUUUUUAAAAGAAAAAGAAGCUCAACUUGCCAUCAAAAAGGUAAACGGAAGUUUUAUUAAAGAUCGACCCGUUGCAGCCGAUUGGGCUCUGGCCAAGGACAAAUUUCUGCGGGAGAUUAACACUCUUGCUGAGAAUCACUGCAGCGACAACGGAGUCGAAGAAAAUGUUGUCAUAGAUUCUGCUGAUCCAGCACUUAAAAUUGAAUCUUCUGAGGAAACUAAGGGAACUAUUGAAAGUGAAAGUUCCUCAGAGGGAGACUUAAGUGAUUUGGAAGAUUUGGAAGAUUUGGAAGAGAACCCGUAUCCCCAAAUUAAUGACGUCAGCGAAGGCAGAACUGUUUUUAUACGCAACUUGCCGUUUUCUGCAAGUAAUGAAGACUUGUUCAAGUGCUUUGAGAAGUUCGGAAAAAUCCUAUAUGCGCGAGUCGUUGUUGAUCCCGCCACUGGGAAAUCAAAAGGCUCGGCCUUUGUGAAAUUUCAAGAUGAGACAUCCGUCAAGCGGUGUCUCGAGGCUGCCAUGUGCGCUGUGGUGAUUGGCAAGGCGACCGAAGGCGGGAUUACACUUUUGGGACGAUCACUUCUGGUCACGUUGGCUGUUGAUAGGAAUAAGGCAAGUAAAUUUUCUCAAGAAAGUAAUUUAAACAAGAAACCUAAAAAAAUUAAAGAUUUGCGAAAUCUCUACUUGGCUAAGGAAGGAUAUAUUGAGCCAGGAAGCAAGGCGUCUCUGGGUGUCAGCCACUCAGAUCUCGCUAAGCGCCGUAAAUCUCAACUGGAAAUUAACCUCAAGUUAAAGAAUCCUUCGUUUAUGGUUUCAAAGACGCGAUUAUCAGUCCGGAACAUUCCGCUUCACGUCGAUGAAGUUCAACUGCGCAAAAUAUUUAAUGAGGCCGGAAGGACGGAAAGUUGUGUCCGUCCUGUUAAAAAGGUCCUUCUCUUUCGAAACAGAGAACGUCUGGGGAAGGACAACAGGCCCCGCUCGUUGGGUUACUGUUUCAUAGAGUUUAAACAACACGAUUCUGCCCUGAAGGCACUCCGGCAUUUAAAUAACAAUCCCGAAUUUUUCAGCCCCGAAAAACGGCUGAUUGUGGAGUUUGCACUUGAAAACCUGAAUAAAACAAAAAACAAAAGCGAUUCCCUUCAGCCGAAAAAGAGAAAGAAAAAAAGUUUGGGCGAGCGGUUUCAGGCAAAGAGGAGAGCAAAGGCACGCGGAGAUUGUGUUAAAAAGGAGUUAAAUUGCAAGCAAACAACUGCGCAAAAGUCUAUACGUUCCGAUAAGGGCGCUCUGUUGCCCAGUGUACCCGCCAAGGAUCUUACCAGGAAGAAGCCCGUUAUGAAAAAAAUGAUUGACCAGGAAGCCCAUUUCUCGCGAUUGGUUGGUAAAUAUAAAAAACUAUUAUUUGGCGAGCAGAAAGAACUUCAAAGUAUACGAGAAAAGAGGCGAAAAUGGUACGAAGUAUAAUCGCCCCAUUUUUGAUAUUUUAUUAAUAAAAUGAUUGGC